AUGGGCUCCGCCGCCGAAGGAGAUAACAAUGGAGGAGGCCGCCCCAGGUCUUCGGUCCUCAAGAGCUUCAUCCACCGCCGUAACCAGUCCGAGGGCUCUGCGCUCUUCACCUCGCCGCCCUCCUCCGCCUUUAGCAACAUGUCCUUCAAGUCCUUGGCUAAGGAGGCCCGAAAAUCACGCGACGUGUCCCCCGAGAAACCAAAAAAGACGAAAUCGAGCACGAACCUGGCGGGCUUCCUGUCUCGACCCCGAUCGACCAUGUCGCUGAACAAGACCACGAAGGAGGAGGAGGAGCGACGCCAGGCUAAGGACAAGGAGAACCGCACACCCCCGAGCUCGACCAAUGGGCUGCGUGGAAAGGCGUCUUUCGACGCGGGUAGUGGACGUUAUGGAAGCGACGCCUCGAGCGACCUGUCCAAGAAGCAGAGACCCAAGUCAUACCACCCCUCCACCGCCAUCUCCGAGCACAAAUCUACAUCAGACCUACGCAGCAGGCCAAAGAUGGACGGCCGCGAACCUUCUGCUUCGGAGAGAAUCAAAAGCAAAGUCCAGCGUCCCAAGCUCUUUACAGCCUUUUCCGCCGCCGGGUCCAGCACGAAGUCCAAGGCCUCGGAUUCCGCCGACAGGCCCAUCGACCCUAAAGCGAUCGACCAGCACCUCGAGGCCAUGCUCGACCGGCGCAACAUCCCCGAGAACCAGCGCUACAAGAUGCGCAGCCUGGCAGAUACAAUCAAGAUGGAGUUCAUCCGGCAGGACUGGGCGGAGAUGGCGGCCAAAGAGCAGGCUGGCGUCGCUGACGCCACUGCGGAGCCUACCUCUGCGGCGACUGGAGGCUCUGAUAAAGAGGAGACACAAUCCAAGCGCUCCCGCGGGAGGAGCUUCACCCUGUCGCGAAAAAAGGACCCCAAGGAGCCCGCCUCGCCGACGAAAAAGUCAAAGGGCGAGAAUACCUCCAUCGGCCGCCAUUUCCGGAGCAAGUCUACCGAGAGCGUGGUGAGCGAGCGGCCCGUUUCGGCGAGCUCGACGGGGAGCAACGGCAUUCUUUCUAAGAUCAAGUUCGGCCAGGGGCCGGGUGACUACGUUUCGUAUCUGCGCAAAGUGCAGAAGCCGGAGCUGGUCGAGGUUGGGAAGCUGCACAAGCUGCGGCUGCUUCUGCGUAACGAGACGGUCUCGUGGACCGAGGACUUUAUCAAGCAAGGCGGCAUGGAGGAGAUUGUCGGCCUCUUGAAACGCAUUCUCGCUAUUGAGUGGAGAGAGGAACACGACGACGCCCUUCUCCACGAAAACUUACUAUGCUUAAAGGCUUUGUGCACCACAGCGCUGGCCUUGCAAUAUCUCCACUCCAUUCACGAGGACUUGUUUCCCAAGCUCCUCCAUAUGCUGUUCGACCCCGAGAAGAAGGGUCCCAGCGAGUUUACUACCCGCAACAUAAUCACGUCAGUGUUAUUUACAUACAUUGAGUCGGCCCCGCCCAUGGAGCGCAUCGCUCGCGCGCAAAAGGUGCUCUCCUUCCUGCGCAACCCCCAGCCCAAGGAAGAGGAGAGGCCGCUCGGCUUCGUGCUGGAGAUGCGCAAAGACCGGCCGUACACGGUCUGGAACAAGGAGGUUGUCAGCGUCACCAAGGAGGUCUUUUGGAUCUUUUUACACCACCUCAACGUCAUUGCCCUGCCGUCCGAGAUGUCGACCAAGGGCGGCGCGCCGCUCGGCACAAUCACAAACGGCGCGUCUUCUUUCCAAGACCCGCACGCCUUUAUGCACCGGCACUUCCCCUCGGAGCGGCCCCCCGUCCCGGCCGCCCCCUACGUCGGCGGCGUGGAGUGGGACGCAACCAACUACCUCGCCUCGCACCUGGACCUCAUGAACGCCAUCAUCGCCUGCACGCCGACGUCGGCGCAGCGCAACAACCUGCGCAACGACCUCCGCAUUUCCGGGUGGGAAAAGGUGCUGGGCGGCAGUCUGCGGCUGUGUAAAGAAAAGUUUUACGGCUGCGUGCACGAGGCGCUGCGGUGCUGGGUCGCGGCGGCGACGGAGGACGGGUGGGAUUCGAGGGAUGUGCGGUACGGGCCGCCGCCCGAGUCGCGGAGCGCGAGCCCGAAGAAGACGCAGAAGGCGCAGAAGCCUGUUGACGCGGCGCCCAAGAUUGAGAUUCCGAAGUUGGAUUUCGGGCUUGAUAAUCAUCGGGUUACGCCUGUUAAGGAGAGGGACGUUUGGCUUUCAUGAGGGCCGUGAGCAUUCUGAGGAUCGAUGAGCUCGUGGAAAGAUGGAGACUAUUGUACAUCAACUGCUACGGGAACGGGUCGAAACAACAGCAUGGGGAAGAUUCCAACGGCACGAUCUUUCGACAUGGAACGCGUCGAGCUCGUUUGGGUCUUUUCUCAGUGUCAGUAGUCCGUGUACACACAUUACACGUUGGAGAUUGUCAACGCAGGCGAGGGCCGAAGCAGGAAGAAGAUGAUGAAAAGGCGGCGGAAGAAGAAGACGAG